AUGCUUACCUUACGACUUCAGCCGAUCCUGAAUGGGCUCAUCUCGGAAAACCAAUCCGCCUUUGUUCCUGGCCGAGCCAUCUCAGAAAACGUUUUGAUCACACACGAAGUUCUCCACUUCCUGAAAACCUCCGGAGCAAAGAAGCACUGCUCCAUGGCUGUUAAGACUGAUAUGAGCAAAGCCUAUGAUCGCAUAGAGUGGGAUUUCCUGAUAGCGGUUCAAAGAAAGUUAGGUUUCCAAGAGAAAUGGAUAAACUGGAUACAUCAGUGUGUCUCAACAGUCAAGUAUUCGUACCUGAUCAACGACGGUGCGCAUGCAGCAGUGACACCACAACGAGGCAUAAGGCAAGGAGACCCCCUCUCGCCGUACAUCUUCAUUCUCUGUGGAGAAGUUUUAUCUGGACUCUGUAGAAGAGCUCAGAGAGAUGGGACCCUUCCGGGUAUUCGAGUGGCUAGAGGCAGUCCUCUAAUCAAUCACCUCCUAUUCGCAAAUGAUACAAUGUUUUUCUGUAAGUCAAACAAGAAAAACUGUGAGACCCUACAUCAGAUUCUACAGACGUAUGAGGAAGCAUCUGGCCAAGUGAUUAACCUAGGGAAAUCGUCUAUCACCUUUGCGAACAAGACAAACAUUGAAACCAAGGAGAAGGCAAAAGAGAUUCUAGGGAUAACAGCCCUGGGAGGACAGGGGAAAUACCUCGGACUGCCUGAACACUUUGGCAGAAAGAAGAAGGAUCUUUUUGCUCUAAUCGUGGAUCGGAUCAGAAGGAAAGCAGUUAGUUGGUCUUCUCGCUUCCUGUCGGGGGCGGGGAAGAUGACGAUGCUCCAAGCGGUUCUCUCAGCCAUCCCAACCUACACGAUGUCAUGUUUCAAACUGCCUAUUAGCUUGUGUAAAAGAAUACAAUCAGCAAUGACUAGAUUCUGGUGGGAUGAGACAUCAGGAAAGAAGAAGAUGUGUUGGGUAGCGUGGAAAAAGCUUACAAGAUCGAAGAAGGACGGAGGACUAGGCUUCAGAGACGUGGAAGCGUUUAAUGAUGCACUCCUGGCCAAGCUAAGUUGGAGGAUUCUCACUAACCCCAAUUGCCUCCUAGCCCGGGUACUUAAAGGAAAGUACUUCCGGUACACCAGUUUCCUCGAGGCCCGUCCCCGGAAAUCUGCUUCUCAUGGAUGGCAAGGCCUCCUAGUUGGCCGAGAUUUGUUGAGACUUAACCUUGGAAAAGCCAUCGGUAAUGGAGAAGCUACGAGCAUUUGGAACGACCCAUGGCUAUCCUUGGAGACCCCAACAAAACCCAUGGGACCAGCGACGUUAGGAACAGCUGAGUGGACCGUGGCAAAGCUCAUUGACCCUCACACCAAAACAUGGAACAAAGAGAAAAUCCUGUCAGUCUUACCAAACCUAGAGCAACAAAUCUUAUGCGUCAAACCGAGCGUUUUGGGAAAAGAAGACAAGUAUAUAUGGCUAGCAACGGAAUCAGGAGAAUACACCUCUAAAACCGGCUACCAUAUUGCGUUUGCAAAGCAGUCAAUCGAAAUCACGGUCCUAGAUACCAAUAAUGAAAGCUCAAUCAACUGGACUAGGGACGUGUGGAAUGCUCAUACCUCACAGAAGCUGAAGGUGUUCCUAUGGAAGCUGAGUAGCGGAGCCUUGGCCUUGGGAGAAAACCUCUUCAGCAGAGGAAUCAAAGCUAAUGCGGUUUGCAACCGUUGCGGAGAGUUGGAGACUCGAGAGCAUAUGCUCUUCCUCUGCUCGUUUGCCAAACAAGUCUGGGAAGCGACCCCAGUAAGAAAUCUCCCAAGCUUCACCUCAGAUCAAACGUUUGGCACUAUACUCCAGGAAGUAAAAAGCUGGAUCUGUCUCCCCCCAGUAGGACUCAUGGGUAGCUCUCUGUUCCCAUGGAUCUGUUGGUUCUUGUGGCUCGCCAGAAACAAGCAGAUCUUCGAUGAAAGGGGCUUUUCACUGUCAGACACAAUUACCAAAGCAAUAUCCAAGGCGCGGGAAUGGGAAGCAGCUCAGAUCACGACACCAACAACGGAAAGGAGAUUAGGGACAGGAGAAGCUCUACCGCUUCACCCUCAAGCCACAAUCUGCUUCGUCGAUGCAACUUGGACAGUGGAAAACCAGGCAGCGGGAUACGGCUGGCUCUUCAAAACACAAGCCGGCGUUGUUAUCAGAGAAGGGCACAAAUCGGAAGCUCCGGUCCGAUCCCCACUAGCAGCAGAAGCCUUAGCGCUGAGGGAAGCUCUCAUGGACGCCAAAUCACGAGGAUGGACCAACCUCUGCUUCAAGUCCGAUUCACAGACGCUCAUUAGAGCUAUUCGAUCAACCGAAAAUAUAGCCGAGAUCUAUGGGGUCCUCCAAGACAUCCAUAUCCUGGCUUCCUCAUUUGUCACGAUCGCCUUCGAUUUUAUGCCGAGAUCUAAUAAUCUCCAAGCGGAUUCGAUCGCAAAAUUUGCAUUAUCUUCGUUUGUAUCGUUGUCUUUGUUUUCUUCGCUUGUAACGCAAAACGGGUAA